CGAUUGUUGCUGCGAUUUUGGUGCUGCGUAUUUUUCUCUUUUCUGUAAAAUAAUUUCAAAAAACAAAUUUAUGGACGACGAACGUUUGUGCCAGUUGUGCCAAGACAACCUGGCGGUUGGUAUCAAGCUCGAAACUGAAGUGAUCGAAAACUCAAAGGAUCUGCUCGAAAAGCUGGUUGUGUGGUACAAUAUUGAUCCUUGUAUACUGGAGAAAAAGUCGUGCCUCUGUCAGCCCUGCUUAGAUCAGGUGCUCAGCAUUAGCACAACCAUCCGGGCUUGGACCGCCGCUCAGCCAAAGACGGACUUAAAUGAAUCCUCUGACUCUACAAUUAAGGAGGAAAGCCCCCUGGAAAUAGAUGGCUGGGAGAACAUUGAAUUAAUGCCCGAACAGACUAUGGCUCUGCCCUCUGGACGUGAUGAAGAGGAGGAGCUUGCGGCAGUCGUACCAAAAAAGGAUGCCACCGUUAAGCCAUCCCGUGAAAACUUCGCCAUCGCAGUACGACACGAUGGCCUUAUAUUGGCCAAAUUGUACAGGGACAAUACCACGGCGACCAAGAUUAUCUGCACCUGUUGCAACAUCGAGUUGACUGUCAUUUCCCACAUACGCACGCACAGCUUAAUGCUUCGUCCGGAUCCCCACUACAUUUGUCGUCGGUGUAACAAAACAUUUACCAGUCCAACGGGGCUACAGCAACACGAGCAGGCCGAGGGCCACAACGUCAUCUGGUGUCGUUCAAAGGGCUUUGACUUCCGUUGUGUGGAAUGCGGCAAAGUCUUCGAUCGCUACCAUGGGGUCACACGACACGCAUCUUUUAUGCACAUCCCCAGUAGAUUUUACUGCACCUUUUCCAAGUGUUCGUACACCUUCGAUAAGCGGGGCGACCUGGAUAUUCAUUUGAAAUCGCACGAAGUGCCGGUAUAUCACGCCUCACCAUUGUUCAUGUGCCAUGUAGCCCAUUGUGGGCAGUCGUACUAUCUGGAAACUCACUACGUCAAGCACAUGAAGACCUUUCACGGAAUAAACGUAUACUCCAAAGCCGGCUGCGACAAAGCUCUCAGCAAUGCCAACCAAGCUCACUACUCAAAUAAUCACUCCAGAGAUCGCAAUGGAAACAAUCUUUCUCAUCAGGGUGAGUUUCUGUCGAUGGAGACGUCACUACCGCGUAAACGGAGAUUCUCAUAUUCUCCGCCCAACGACAAUAAUGCGGGCAAAUUCAUAAGCCUACCAAAGCAGUUAACAUUGAAAUGAAAAUGUUUAAGAGUCGAGUGUACAAUACUCAGUCCUGUACAAUGUACAUAUCAUCACCCGUAAUUUAGUUGGAAAAAAUAAAGAAAAAUUAUAUGUCGACGAUGAUUUGAAAUCGAAAACAUCGAUGGUCGCCACAGAAAACCAAAUGAACUAGUUCACCAGAACUGUAAAUAGCUACUAACUAAUCACACGUAUAAGUACGUUCGAUAAAAUAUAAUUUAAGCUGCGGAAGAAGAACAAUAAAAGAGCGAUAAUUAAAA